GACGGACGCAUCUCCCAGGAGCUGAGGUCGGCAAAGCAAUUAUCAAAACUUCAUGAAUCUACACACAAGAGCAAACUAGAUAUCGAGAGUUCUUAAAUCUCGACUUUCGUGUAUGAUGAAUACUGGUAGCAUGUUCCUGCUCGAUUGUCUCAUCAUGUCCUUGUCAUCGUCCGUCCAACCAGAUUUCCAGAGCGUUCUGGCUUUCGGUAUCUCGUCCCUUGUUCAGAUCACCAACAAAUCUCAUCGUACGCCCGUACAAUUACUCCAAGCAAACAUUCCACGCGACGUCUAACGGCAACCACAAUGGGCUCUUCCACACCCCCUGAGGACAACGACGACAGCAGCAACGCCGCCGAUGUGAUCAAGAUUGACCUCACCUCGUAUCGACACACCGGCACUUACUACAGACCCAGUGGCCCUGCCUACACUUUCCCUCCACCUGAAAAGUUCCUCAAGUCUCUCAGCAGACACUUCAACACCACGCUUGCUGCCGAUCAAGAGUUUCACAUAUACAAUGGUGCCGAAGUCGAAUUCACCAAGCUGCCAGAUGGCUACACCGUCGUCAACAAGGCACGCCCCGAUGGCACCCUAGACCUCGAGAUUCACGGACACUUCCUCGCCGGAAAUCGCCAUUUCAAUUCGGGUCCUCAGUUCCUCGAGCACGUCUUUGAUAUCAUGAGGCUUGGACAGACUGACUGGCUCGAGCUGAGACCAGAGUUCACUAGGAUACCCGAUGGUCUUAGUUGCCGGUGUGCCCUCUGUGUCAAGCCAAGUGCCAAGCACGACAAGAUCCAGCAGAAGGUUGACAGAGAGGUCAAGAACAGGGCCAGACGUUCUACAGUGUGAACAGAGUAUGUGUGGUGCUUGGAGUACGGAGAUCUUUUAGAUUACUCACUGCUCUGU